AUGACAUCUCAAGAAAACAAGAGGGUUGUAAUUCAAAACAGAAUCUACAUCGGCAAUGUCAAUUACAAAGUAACCGAAGAUGAAUUGAGAGAUUUCUUUGAGGGGUACAAGGUUACAGAAGUUGACAUUCCUUUUAAAGAAAUUACUCGUGGCGCUGAUAAGAUACCAUAUAAGAAACGGUUAGGAUUUGCGUUUGUUCAAUUCGAAGAUGAUGCUGAGGCUGAUAGAGCCAUUGCAGAAUAUAGCGGGAAGCUGUUUAAACAUCGAGUACUUUACAUGAAGAAGGCAGUUCCACCUCCUACCGAAGAAGAGAAACAAAAGAAAAAUGAGGCUUAUUGGGCCAAACAAGCAAAACAAAAAGAAGCCAACAAGGCAGCCAAAGAAGCUAGUGCAGAAGCAAAAACACAACUGAAAACUGAAGAUGAUGGAACUUCCAAGAAGACCAUUACUAAGAAAACCCCUACUCCAAAGAAGAAGCAAGGUGAGAAACCUUCCAAAUCAAAUGCUACUGAUAAUGGGGAAAGAGAAAAGAAUACUCCCCCAGAAGGAACCCCUUCGAAAGAUACAGUCUUCAUCACUAAUUUGAACUAUAGAGUUACCACCAAGGACUUGACUCAUUUAUUCAAAGAAUUGGACUUUGUAUGGAUACAUAUACCCAAACAAAGAGUACCACACUCAUCGCUAAAUAAGAGGAGAUUCAGAGCUCCAUGGAAUAAGGGUAUUGCCUUUGUGAAGUUGGCAGAUGAGGAAUCUCAAAAGAAGGCAAUUGCGGAAUUGAAUGGCCAUAUAUUGAAUGGCCGGCCAAUUGUAGUUGAUAUUGCUGUGGAUACAAGAGCAUCAGAAGAUAGAAACACACCCAAUCCUGACUCAACGCUGGAGAUGAAGGAAUCUCCUGCUGAGGCUUCCGUUGAAGCAUAA